ACAUGCCUGCUGCUGCUGUCAUUGUUUAAACAUGGCGACGCGCAGAUAAACCCUUGUCCCCUCUCUGAGCUGAGCGCGGUAUUACUCGGGUAUCGUGUCCCCGGCGGAGCGGAGCGGACCGGGAGGAUGUUUCACUUCGUGCGCUGCAGUCGACUGGCUCAGGGUUCAGAGCGGUUACUGCGGUCCCGGUACAGCGCUACUAAACCCGGGGAGCUGCUGCUGCUGCAGCACAGCCGAUCUGGACAGCAAUGGACCAGGGCUCCAGCCACACACUCCACAAGCAGUACAGUCAUAAGACUGUGGGGUCAAGCCCAGAAAGUGCUGAGACUAGCUGCACGUCGGCACUCCAAGUCCCCCAAAGUGGCUCUGACUCUGUUUGUGGGACCAGCAGCAUUAACGGUCACUGCCAGACUGUUAGGAAGUGUAGCUUACUGUCAGGCUGAUUUCAACAAUAACCUUCCUCCUGAGAGCCAUGCCAAAGAGAAAGUGCCGGAAUUCAGCUGGGCUGUGUUGUGGGAGUUUGUUCGGCCACAGAUCCUUGCCCUCAUAGGGGCCAUUAUUCUUGCAUUUGGAGCUGCAGCUCUGAACAUCCAGAUUCCGUUGAUGUUGGGGGACUUGGUAAACGUAGUCGCUCAGCACUUGAGGGAACAUGCUGGUAAUUACAUGAGGGAUAUCCGAGCACCUGCACUCAAACUGCUGGGUCUGUAUGGUCUGCAGGGUCUGUUGACCACUGGGUACAUCAUCCUGCUGUCCAGAGUUGGAGAGAGAGUGGCUGCUGAUAUGAGGAAAACACUCUUCUCUUCAUUGCUCAGACAAGAUGUUGCAUUCUUUGAUGCCAACAAGACAGGGCAGCUAGUUAACCGUCUCACUGCUGACAUUCAGGAGUUCAAAUCCUCCUUCAAGCUGGUUAUUUCUCAGGGUUUGCGGAGCGUUACGCAGACGGUGGGCUGCUUUGUCUCGCUGUACAUUAUCUCACCAAAGUUGACGGGUCUCACUGUGGUGAUCCUGCCGUGUCUCGUGGGAGCUGGUGCAAUCAUCGGAUCAUUUCUGCGCAGACUUUCCAGAAAAGCACAGGAACAGAUUUCUAAAGCUACAGGUGUCGCGGAUGAGGCCCUUGGAAAUGUACGAACAGUAAGAGCCUUCUCCAUGGAGGACCGAGAACUGGAGAUGUAUGCAACAGAGGUGGACAAGUCAGCUGCGAUGAAUGAAGCUUUAGGAACAGGAAUUGCAGUGUUCCAGGGCUUAUCAAAUAUUGUAUUAAACUGCAUAGUUUUAGGCACUAUUUUUGCUGGUGGGUCCUUGAUGGCACAUAACGACAUGUCUCCGGGUGACCUCAUGUCCUUUUUGGUUGCGUCCCAAACAGUUCAGAGAUCUCUGGCCAGCAUCUCGAUUCUGUUUGGACAGAUGGUGAGAGGCAUCAGUGCAGGAGCUCGUGUGUUUGAGUACCUGGCUUUGGAACCAACCAUUCCUCUGAUAGGAGGAGGUCGCAUCCCUCACAAGUCUUUAUCAGGAAGAGUGGACUUCAUGAAUAUCAACUUCAGCUACCCAACAAGACCUGGCAACCAAGUGUUAAAGAACUUCAGCCUGACUCUUCCUCCCCGAAAAACUGUAGCUAUAGUUGGAGAAUCUGGUGGAGGUAAAUCCACUGUGGCAGCUUUGCUGGAGCGCUUCUAUGACCCGGGCAAUGGAGUGAUCAUGUUGGAUGGUCUGGACAUCAGGACUCUGGACCCCUCCUGGCUGAGAGGGGAUGUGAUUGGAUUCAUUAGUCAGGAGCCCGUCCUGUUUGGGACCUCAGUGAUGGAGAAUAUCCGCUUUGGAAAGCCCAGUGCCACUGAUGCUGAGGUGGUGGCUGCUGCCAAACAAGCCAACGCUCACAACUUCAUCAUAGGUUUUACAGAGGGCUACAGCACUGUGGUGGGUGAGCGAGGUGUGACUCUGUCAGGUGGUCAGAAGCAGAGGAUUGCCAUCGCUCGUGCUCUUAUUAAAAACCCCAGCAUCCUGAUUCUGGACGAGGCCACAAGUGCCCUGGAUGCCGAGUCAGAGCGAGUGGUCCAGGAGGCGCUGGACAGGGCCACCACAGGACGCACUGUGCUCAUCAUCGCUCACCGCCUCAGCACCAUCCAGGGGGCUGACAUCAUCUGUGUGAUGAGCAACGGCAAGGUGGUGGAGACUGGAACCCAUCUGGAAUUAUUGAGCAAAGGGGGUCUGUAUGCUGAGCUGAUCAGAAGACAAAGAUCUAAUGGCCAACAAUGAAUCCGUGAUGUGGUGGAAGUGCAGCACUACAGUCCAAAACACUGACUGGUCUUGUUCAUAGUUUACUGGAUGUAAACAAAACCUUUUAAUUACAUUUCCCUGUAUGAUGUGUUAUCAGGGUGAUUUACUACACUACUUGUAGAUCAAAGGAUUGUGAAUUGUGAGAAAGUUUUGAGCUCAGGAUUGGAGUAGUUUUGAAUGAGCGGUGUUUCUAAGCAUUAUAGAGCAUACUGUCUACUGACUGUAAGUAUUUUAGUAAUAUAUUUUUUAAAUAAUAUGUAGAAUUACAUGUUUUAUGUACAUGAAUGUAUAGUAAAGUGUAUGUGUUAUAAUGAAUUUCAGAAAGAAUGCCUGAGUAAACACGAGGGUUAAGAUGUAUAUUUGAUGUAACUGGAGUAUUGUUAAUAAAUAAAACUGAUUUAUUACA